AAGAGGAGACAAAGAUUUUUAUUUUCAUAAUGACUUCAGCCAUCCCAAAAGAUUUAAAAUGUAUUUACUUCAAGUCGAUGGCAGAGUACGGAGUGCAGAACGGCGUGAACGGGCUUCAUAACCUAAGCGAACCCAAUGAGCAGCAGUCACACGGAGAGCUCUUCCUCACAGAGGCCUUUAAAGUGAUUGUGGAGGAGGCAGUGCGCAAAGGAACCGAUGUAAAUGAGAAGGUGUGUGAGUGGCAGGAGCCUGAACAGCUGAGAGCUUUGUUGGACUUGGAGUUGCGAGAACAUGGGGAAUCCCAUAAGCAAUUGCUCCAGAGGGUUCGUGACGUGGCCAAGUACAGUGUCAAAACCAAUCACCCUCGAUUCUUUAACCAGCUGUUUGCUGGAGUGGAUUACCAUGCCCUGACUGGACGGCUUCUCACAGAGACGCUCAAUACCAGCCAGUACACCUAUGAGGUGGCACCUGUGUUUGUGCUGAUGGAGGAUGUGGUACUGCAGAAGCUGCGUUCGCUGUUGGGGUGGAACGAAGGGGAUGGGAUCUUCUGCCCUGGGGGCUCCAUCUCCAACAUGUGUGCCAUGAACGUGGCACGGUACUGGGCAUUCCCACAAGUCAAGACACAGGGUUUAUGGGCCCUUCCCCGGCUGGCCAUCUUCACCUCACAGGAGAGUCACUAUUCGACAAAGAAGGCUGCUGCAUUUCUGGGGAUUGGAAUAGACAAUAUUUACCAUGUGAAGGUGAAUGAAAGUGGCUGUAUGAUUCCAGAGGACCUGGAAGCAAAAAUUGUGCUUGCAAAAUCACAGGGGGCAGUACCAUUUUAUGUCAAUGCUACAUCUGGCACGACAGUCCAAGGUGCCUUCGACCCACUGGAGCGCAUUGCUGACAUCAGUGAGAGGAAUGGCAUGUGGAUGCAUGUUGAUGCAGCCUGGGGGGGAAGCGUGCUGCUUUCCCAGAAACACAGACAUCUGGUCUCAGGAAUUGAGAGAGCUAACUCUGUGACCUGGAACCCCCACAAAAUGAUGAUGGCAGGCUUACAGUGCUCUGUUUUUCUCCUCAGAGACACGACUAACCUGCUCAUGCGCUGUCAUUGUGCCAACGCAACGUAUUUGUUCCAACAAGACAAGUUCUAUGACAUAAGUUUGGACACGGGGGAUAAAUCAAUCCAGUGUGGGCGUAAGGUGGACUGUCUGAAGCUCUGGUUGAUGUGGAAGGCAGAGGGCAGCCAGGGGUUAGCAGAACGGGUUGAAAAAGCGUUUGCACACACAAGUGCUCUUGUUGAAGAGAUGAAGAAAAGAGAAGGCUUUCAACUUGUCAGUGAGCCCCAGUUCGUGAACGUGUGUUUCUGGUAUAUACCACCCAGCCUUAGAGGGAAGGAAAAUAAUGCAGAUUACCAGGACAGAUUGGCUAAGGUGGCACCAACAAUCAAAGAGCGCAUGGUGAAACAGGGAACAAUGAUGCUGGGGUACCAGCCACUGGAGGGACGAGUCAACUUUUUCCGCAUGGUCAUCCUUAAUCCCCAGCUCACCAAAAGAGACAUGAUCUUCUUCCUGGAUGAGAUAGAGAGGCUGGGAAAAGACCUGUAGUAGUUCCAGAACCAUGUCAUCACCUCCUUCUCCUCACCGUAAUUUCACUGUCUGACCAACCAGUCUAGGCAUUCUUAGGUCUACCCUUACUGUCUUUUCAAAUUAAACCUGCGUUACUUUUGAUUUUAUUUUGUCUGUGAGAUUUCAUGAUCUCACAACUGUCUAUGAUUAAGCUAGUAGUGGUUGCUUUAACCUCAGGAAAAAGCUUGUAGCUCUCGAAGUACAGUAUGAUGUAAUAUCUUAUAUUAUCUUAUAAUGGAUCCUGACAUUUACUGCACUUUAUUAAGCAAGCCUAACUUGAUUCAUGCCAGUGCAUAACAGGAAAUGGAAAUGGCAUAUCAGUUGUUACAAACUAUUGUGCUGAAAGUUUAAAUUUGAUGCUGUAAAGUUUAGUAUGUACAUUACGAUACUGGCAAAUGAUUAGAGAGGUAGAAUUACAUUUUUUUAAAUGUCCCAAGCAUAUGCAGCCAGUGUACUACCUUUAUGAAUAACAUAAGGAUAACUCAGAUCAAAAUAUUUAUUUGAUGUUGUUGAUCAGACUGUUUUUUAAGGUGGUAUUUUAAAGUUGACUGCAGUGGUCUCAGUAUUUUGAAGUUAUCAUUAGUUCAUUUUAAAGAGUUUUUUUCACAGUUUAUAGAAAAUGUGAGUAAUUUAAAGAGGGUACAGCUUCUAAGAUGUCUCUAAGAAUCAAUCACCAAUGUAUCAUUUUGGGGUUUUUUUCCCCAUCAGAAUUCAGAACUACCAACAAAUUCAGCCUGUCAAAUUAAAUCAACUGUGACUUUGGAACCUGUUACACAUGGUUAAAUUUCUAUAGUGCAGCAGGACUUGAUGUGUUUCCGAAGUGAACUGUGUGAUCUAAUUUCUUUUGUAGUCUUGCUAAUGGAUUCUGUGCAUGAGUGAGAGAAUUAAGUGUGACCAGAAGAGGUACCAAACUGUCUUAAUGCCAGAGGAGAUAACUGACAAAGUCCUCAUAUAAGCACCGCAUAAUUUUGUGUUAAAAUAAAUGUUUACCAUAGA